UGGGCAUCUUCUUAUAUAUUGUCUAUGAUGGGCAUGGGGCGUACGCAUAGACAUGGGAGAGUGUGCUUGCGCACGUGUUUACGAAAUGUAAACAGUCAAUCCAUGGCCUACCCAUGAGAACUGCCGCCUGUGUGUGGUGCAGCAGGGCUGGGCGAGGCCUGCACAGCGCCCGCUUACGACCCUCCCAGCUCGGCCUCGUCAGUCUCCUCCCACCGCGGAGAGCUCCGUGCCGACGAGCUGCCCCCCGCUCGGCCAGACAGCGUGUACUGCUCCGGUAGUCAUCGAGGAGCGACCGUCCCUGUGUGUAUAUGUAUAUAUGUGUAGAGACUGACGGGAAGCUGGACGACAACAAGGAACAUAAACAAGGUUUCCCUGAAUGUCGUGGCAUUUACAGUGCCAUGGACAGCAAAAGUAAUUACACACCCUGCAGAGCUAACACAGGAGCCUCUCCUGAACUGGAGAACAGAAAAUGACUCAGAGAAAUGGAAUCAGAGGGACGAGUGAUCGCAGCCUCCACUCCGAGGCCUCUGGGGACCUGGAGCCGGCAGGGGCCGGUAUGGAGAAAGUCCACGAGGCCAACGACGGUAUGGAGAAAGUCCACGAGGCCAACGACGGUAUGGAGAAAGUUCAAGAGGCCAACGACGGUAUGGAGAAAGUCCACGAGGCCAACGACGGUGAAUCUGAGGAGGGGGCUCAGGGAAAUGAAUGCAGAGACUCCGCGCCUGUAACGGGAGCAGUCACAGCUCCAGAUGGCGGUUGGGGCUGGGUGGUGCUGGCCGCCACCAUCAUAGUCCUGGCUUUGACCCUGGCGUUCCCCUCCUGUGUGGGAAUCUUCUACACCGACCUGCAGAAUGAGUUCCACGCCUCCAACAGCGAGACCUCCUGGGUGCCGUCCAUCAUGACGUCAGUGCUUCACGCAGGAGGUCCCUUUUGUAGCGUGCUGGUGGAGAAACUUGGUUGCCGAGCAACGGUCAUGUUGGGCGGCGUCCUGAGUGGGCUGGGAAUGGCUGCCAGUUCAUUUACCCAGUCCAUCACACAGCUCUACAUCACGGCCGGGGUUAUCACAGGACUUGGUUUCUGCUUCAGCUUCCAGCCAGCGGUGACGAUCCUCGGACACUACUUUGUGCGUCGCCGUGCGUUCGCCAACGCGAUGUCGUCCACAGGCACACCGCUGGGACUGUGCUUUCUGCCUUUCCUGGGUGACUAUCUCCACACAGAGCUGGGCUGGAGGGGAAGUUUCCUUGUUUUGGGGGCCGUCCUGCUGAACUGCUGCGUGUGCGGAGCAGUGAUGAGGCCCCUGCAGCCCCCCAAGCAUCGCGGCCAGCCGCUCAUGAACCACGGACCCCCUCCGCCCGAAGAGGAAACUGUGAGGACGGAAAACGGGAGGAUGAGAAGGAUAUGGAGCUCCUUGGGGGCUUCUCUGAGCAAACACAUGGCCUUUGAUCAGCUGUGCCACAACACACGUUACUGUGUGUACGCCAUAGGCAUCACCUGGAUGAUGCUUGGGUUAGGGGUGCCUUUAGUUUACCUGGUUCCCUACACCACAGCUAACGACAUGGAGCAGAGCCGGGCCGCGCUGCUGCUCGGCAUCCUGGGUAUGGUUAACAUCGUGGUGCGGCCACCCUUUGGCAUCCUCUUCAGCAUGUCAUGGUUCAAAGGGCGUCACAUUUACGUAUUUUCCGCUGCUUUGCUGGUCAACGGGCUCAGUAACAGCAUCUGCUGCAUCGGGCCCAGCUUCCCCGUGCUGCUGGCUUAUGUGGCGGUCUACGGGCUGUCCAUGAGCGUGGUGGGCUCCCUGAUGUUCACUGUCCUCAUGGAGAUUGUGGAGAUGAGCCGCUUCCCCUCAGCUCUAGGUCUGCUCGCCAUCAUGGAGAGCGUCACGCUGCUCAUCGGGCCUCCGCUGGCAGGAGUCCUGAUCGACAGAACAGGCCAGUACUUCCACGUCUUCUUUGCCUGCAGUGCCGUCGUUGCCUCCUCCGCUGUGUUCCUCAUGGUGUCAUUUUGCUGGCUGGAUAAAAGGGACAGCGAGUUAUCCAAGCAGGGUCAGCCCCCCCGCCGACCUGAACCAGCUGUUGACUUGGCUCCUGGCUGUCAGUACAUCAGCGUUCCCACAGAGGGAGACAAAGACAAGGCCUCGUCUAACGGGGCAGAGUACAGUGUAUGACCGGCCUCUGAACCAGCCAUAGACUGUUAAUAUUAAUAUACAGUCUAUGGAACCAGCUCUCACCGUGUGACACUUUUAACACACAUCGCACUGAAACGGGUAAUUGCAUCUGAACUGUAUGAUUAAAUGGAAAAACUUCCAAGCCAGCUCAUCCUCAAAUUGAUCUAUUGCAGCUAAACUGUCUGAAAGCCAUAAAGCUAUAGUCGAAAAGAACAGAGGUUAUCUAUGCAAAGUAGUUGAUGUUGAUUUAUAUUGAUUGUUAACUGAUUCAUGAUGCAUCGUUACAUCCCUAGACCUUAGUAAUUUCCUAAGACAGCCGGACACCAAAUGCCACUCAAACAGGAGGAAAUAGCACAGAGGAAGAUACGAGAUAUAAUUGCUAGAAGAUGCAUUCACUGUUGGUCUUUUAAUAUAUAUUAAUGUCUAUAUAUUUUUGACAAUAAGACAAAUAUAAAAUAUCAAUUCAAUUUUAUUUAUAGCAUCAAAUCAUAACGAGUUAUCUCAAGACACUUUACAGAUAGAGUAGGUCUAGACCACACUAUAAUUUACAAAGACCCAACAAGUUCAGUAAUUCCCUAGUAAUCACUAGACUUAACCUUUAAUUAUCAAGUGUUACAGUAGGCCUUUAAUCUGUCACAACAGGAUAUAGAAAAUGAUUGUGUUUUGACAUCUUCAAUAUCUUCAAAGUAGGGGAAUGUAUUUUCAAUUUAUUGUGAAGACAUUGAACACAGCAUGCUGAGUAUCUUACACCAGUGUUGAUGAGUAUGUGCUGCUUUAGAUCAUUGUCAUUCACUGUCACAUGUACAAAAUAAAUAUAUGUUUAAGCGGUAAUUACUCAUGUUUUUAAUUGUUAACACGCUUUUUAUUCCUUAAUGGAACUGUGCCUUUUUUAUAGAACUGGUGUGUUUACAACCACAGGAUAAAAUCAAACCCUUUCAGGAAGACAGAAGCAGAAGAUUUCAUGUUGUGAAACAUUGAAUGAGAGGAAUAUUUCGAAGACACUGAGGAGUUUUAUGACACUGUAACUGAGUUUACCUUCAGUCCCAAUCAAAGAUUGUACUGUAUGUGACAGAUGUAUCUUUUGAUAAAUGAACAUGGAGACUAUUUUAUGUCAUAUGUGACUGAAAGUUAAAUACACAUUUCAGGUAUGAGCUGCAGUAAAUAAAAGUGUAACCAGAGGCUCCUUUCUGCAAUGAGAGGUUGUAUUAGCUGCUUUGGGCCAAAUGAUAAAGUUAUUAUAAAUGCUUGAUUUAUGUAUUAUGAUCAGAGGAAAAAUAAAUGUUUGAAUAUCAAA